CAACAUUCUCACCACUCCACGACAAAUUCUCAAUGCACCGUCCCAGAGUCUCUACCACAGGCGAGAGUGACACGCCCUCUGCGAAACCCACGCGUCUUUACGGCACACCAACAUCGACCGACCGUUUGCACAAGCCGUUCAGAUGUCCAGGUUCUGCAACCGCAACGCGAGCCUCCGAGAAACCUGCAAGAAAACGGAGAAAGGUCAACUAUUCCGGUGCAGACGGUGAGAAUGAAGAAGGCGACAAGCCAUAUUCGAACGAUGAUAGACUUGCCCUUGCCACUCGGGAUGUUAACCGCUUUCCGGUAUUCAAACCAAAGGAUAAGGAUACUGCAUUUAAAGCACGAUUUUCGGUUCCUUUGUUAAAAAAGGAGAAUGGAGCAUACAACCAGUGUCGACCACCCCCACUGCUAGGACUACGCCAGGGACGAGUAUUCGUUGCCCGGCCAUUGCAUGAUCCUAGUGGGGAGUUCGCCAUCGUCCUGUACGACCCCACCAUCGACGACAAACCAGUCCAGAAGGAGGAGGCGUUGCCAAGAUUGAGCCAGGAAGAAGCAGAAACGCUGAACGUGCCCUUGGUGCACAAGAGUUUGGCAGAUAUAUUAGGACUGAAGAAGAAGGUUGAAGAGCGCCCGCGAGUGCCUGUGGUUAUCGACCCACGAUUAGCCAAAGUUCUUCGUCCACAUCAGGUUGAAGGCGUAAAGUUUCUGUAUCGAGCUACGACGGGAUUGAUUGACGACAAAGCAAAUGGUUGCAUUAUGGCUGAUGAGAUGGGACUUGGGAAGACACUUCAGUGCAUUACCUUGAUGUGGACUCUAUUGAAACAAUCGCCCGAUGCCGGGAAAUCGGCCAUACAAAAAUGUGUCAUAGCCUGCCCGUCUAGCUUGGUUCGUAACUGGGCGAACGAGCUUGUCAAGUGGCUUGGACCAGAUGCUAUCAACCCAUUUGCAAUCGACGGGAAGGCCUCAAAGGAAGAGCUUACGCAACAGAUCAGGCAAUGGUCGAUUGCUUCAGGUCGCGCUGUCGUCAGGCCAGUCCUGAUCGUAUCAUACGAAACACUCCGACUCAACGUUGGGGAACUUGCAAAUACACCGAUUGGACUCCUCCUUUGCGAUGAAGGUCACCGACUGAAGAAUGGUGAAAGUCAAACAUUCACCGCUUUGAAUGGGCUCAAUGUCCAGAAACGAGUCAUUCUUUCAGGAACGCCAAUUCAGAACGAUCUAUCUGAAUAUUUCUCUCUUCUCAACUUCGCCAAUCCCAAUUAUCUGGGCACCCGGGCCGAAUUUCGGAAGCAAUAUGAGAUCCCUAUUCUUCGGGGCCGUGAUGCGGAUGGUACAGACGAAGAUCGCAAGAAAGGUGACGAGCGUUUAGCUGAGCUCCUGACCCUCGUCAACAAGUUCAUCAUCCGCCGGACCAACGAUAUCUUAUCGAAAUAUCUGCCUGUCAAGUACGAGCAUGUGGUCUUCUGUAAUCUGUCGCCUUUCCAGAAGGAUCUAUAUAAUCAUUUCAUCCAGUCUCCCGAUAUCAAAAGUCUUCUGCGCGGCAAAGGUUCGCAGCCUCUCAAGGCCAUCGGCAUGCUCAAGAAACUUUGUAACCACCCGGAUCUGCUCGAUCUACCCUCGGACUUGCCCGGCUGUGAAGAUUUCCUCCCCGAAGACUAUGUUCCCAAGGAUGCACGUGGUCGCGACCGCGACGUCAAGGCCUGGUAUUCCGGCAAGAUGCAGGUCCUAGAUCGAAUGCUAGCUCGCAUUCGCGCCGAGACGAACGACAAGAUCGUGCUCAUCUCCAAUUACACACAAACCCUCGACAUCUUCGGCAAUCUCUGUCGGUCACGCGGAUACGGUUGCCUGCGACUCGACGGCACGAUGAACGUAAACAAGCGACAAAAGCUCGUCGACAAAUUCAACGACCCAGAGGGCUCCGAAUUCGUCUUCCUACUCUCCUCCAAAGCAGGCGGCUGCGGCUUGAACCUGAUCGGCGCGAACCGACUCGUGCUCUUCGACCCGGACUGGAACCCAGCCGCCGACCAGCAAGCCCUCGCUCGAGUCUGGCGUGACGGCCAGAAGAAAGACUGUUUCGUGUACCGGUUCAUCGCGACGGGCACGAUCGAAGAGAAGAUCUUCCAACGUCAAUCGCACAAGCAAUCCCUCUCCUCGUGCGUCGUCGACUCCGCCGAGGACGUCGAGCGCCACUUCUCGCUCGACUCACUGCGCGAGCUCUUCCAGUACCGCGACAACACGACGUCCGACAGCCACGACACCUUCAAGUGCAAGCGGUGCAGGAAGGAGGACGGCAGGCAGGUCAUCAAGGCGCCCGCCAUGCUGUACGGCGACACGAGCACGUGGAACCACUUCGUCAACGACGGGGAGAAGGGCCCGCUGGGCAAGAUCCAGGAUCUGCUGCUGAGGCAGGAGACGGCGGAGGGGCUGCACGAGGUCAGCGCUGUGUUUCAGUAUAUCAGCCAUUAGAGGCGCGGAGGGGCUUGGAGAUGGUGCGUUUUCGGCAACAAUCAAUCUAUUCAUUUGGCAGUAUCCAGCGAGCGGCAUUAUCUUUGAUUCGGGGGUUUGCCCCUUCCCUUUAUUUCUCGUUUUAUUUUGCUAGAAUCGCAUUUAUUUCUUGUCGUUUGACUUAGCAAGGGGUGGAUAACUAGAGACGAUGAUUGAAUGCAGAAUGAACGAUG